AGACCGCUAGGGGGGGUGCGGAGCCCGGCAGCCCUUCCGCAGCCCGCAGGAAGCAGGAAGGGGGUUGCUAUGGGAUGAGGUUCGGUACCGGUGGCACUUUGGGGACCCUUCGGCCACCCGUAGCUCCCUGUCCCACGGUGCCAUGGUGGUCCUGCGGGCCGGGCUGUGCCCUGGUCUCACUGAAGAGAUGAUCCAAGUUCUCAAGGCAAACAACAUCAGGACGGUGGUGGACUUUGUGUCAUCGGACCUAGAGGACGUUGCCCAGAACUGUUCCCUGUCUUACAAGGCGCUGGUGGCUGUGCGCAGGGUGCUGCUGGCCCAGUUCUCAGCUUUCCCCACCAACGGAGCAGAUCUCUACGAGGAGCUCAAGAGCUCCACUGCCAUCCUGCCGACCGGCAACCCCAGCUUGGACCAGCUGCUGGAUGCAGGGCUGUACACCGGGGAGGUGACGGAGCUGGCAGGAGCACCAGGCAGUGGGAAGACACAGGUGUGCCUCAGCAUCACGGCCAGCGUGUCCCUUGGCCUCAGGCAGCACGUCUUCUUCCUUGACUCCACGGGGGGGUUCACUGCCUCCCGCCUCUACCAGAUGCUCCAGGCCCGGGUGGAGGACAAGGAAGAGCAGCUUGAGGCCCUGCAGCGGGUGCAGGUGGUCCGUGUGUUCGACAUCUACGAGAUGCUGCGUGCCCUGCAUGAGGUGCGGGACUGCCUAUCCCAGCAGGUGGAGAGCUCGGCUGGGCCGCUCAAGGCAGUGCUCAUUGAUUCAGUGUCAGCCGUGCUGUCCCCGCUGCCGGGCGGCCGGCAGUCGGAGGGCUUGGCCAUCAUGAUGCAGCUUGCACGGGAGCUGAAGACGUUGGCCAAGGAGUUCAGCGUGGCAGUGGUGGUGACCAACCAGGUGACAAGGGACAGCAGCACCGGAGCUCUCAAGUCAGCCCUCGGCCGCUCCUGGAGCUUCGUGCCCAGCACCCGUGUGCUGCUGCAGGGCAGAGCAGUGCCGUGGGAGGAGGGCACCGCUCCGCACACUGCGUGCUUGGCCAAGUCACCACGCCAGCCAACGGGGAUGCAGGUGCAGCUGGAUUUUGGCAGUGAUGAUGUGCAGGAACAGAGGCCAGUGACACCCACACCAUGACACUGAUGGGGAUGGAAAAACAAAUGUCAAGGUCUCGGAGAGCUGCAAAGAAAGCAUCAGACGCUGAGCACAGGCUGCCUCUGGGUCCCACAGCACAGAACAGCUCCUGUUCUUCUGCCUGGGUAGCAAACAUGCAUGGGGUUCCCUGGAGAGCUCUCUCGGCACGUGUGUGGUUGGCAUGGGGCAGGCAGGUCCCCUCCUCUGCCACCAGUGGGGCUGUCUCAUCCUUGACACUGGCUUGGAAUCAUAUCCUUGCAGUGGAUUUGCAAUGGUUUUGUUCCCACCUCAUAAUUGCUGCCUUGGGCAGCCCAUGGUGUUCUUGGUUGAGAAAUAAAGAUGUUGCACACUGUUACAGUCCAA